UGUUGCUAAGAUAUUUAGUUACAAAGUUUGUGAUUUUAGGUGUAUGAAAUGAGCUGGGCCACUCGCAUUAUGUCAGCAUUGUUGUAUUAUAGACCUGCGAAUAGGCUGAAUAAGAGGUGGCAUAUGCUGUAUUUUGGACUGCCGUCCUUAAGUUCUGGUUCGCCCAAUAACCAAGAGAGGGUUUUUGUGGCCGUGUGGCCGCCCUGGUUUAAGCCACGAUCGAUCAGGACCACCACCCACACCGACAGAAAUCUCGCCACCCCAUACGGACAACUAAGCCCUUCAUCAAGAGCAUAACACGCCAUGGACAUGGGAAACAUGGCUGGCUACGACGACAACAAACCAAAGGUGUUGAACGGCCACAUACACUUCCCACCAAACAUGGACUACAACUACAAUGCGAAUGCGAACCAGCAACUGUACCAAUUUCUUGGUCUCCCGCCCACGCCCUCGCGCUCAAACAUCAAUGGCGACGACUUUUGCAACGGCUCACCACCGGAGGCAUUCGAGCAGUUCCAAACCUUCGACGCAUACAAUCACUUCGAUGUGCACGGAGCAGGGCAACCCCCGACCCCGCAAUCGCAACACCAACCCUCCGUCGCCAACACAAACGACAGCCACGAUGGCGGCUCCGAAGCCCUCAAUUCCGAGCAGCGACAGGCUAGCAACAGUGAUGAUGAGGACAUGACACCCGCGCAGUCCCGGCGGAAGGCACAGAAUCGCGCAGCACAACGCGCGUUCCGCGAGCGCAAGGAGCGACACGUCAAGGAGCUGGAGGAGCAGGUCGCGGAGCUGAAGAAGGAGAGCUCGAGUUUCGCCACACAGAACGAGAUUCUGCGCCUAAACCUCCAGAAGGUGUCGACGGAGAAUGAGAUCCUCAAGGCCACAUCGUCGAACCACCAAGGCGAGGCACUGUUGUCGAGUACGGGCCCGCUGUGCUACUCGCCGACGGACUUUUAUACCGAGCUCCUGAAGCCGCAUGAGAAUAAGACGAUAAGUCACCGAAUUGUGAUGGACCCGGUGAGCGGGGGACGGCUGCUGGCGGCGGCGGCGUCGUGGGAUUUUAUUAUCUCGCACCCGUUGGCGAAGCAGGGGGUUGUGGAUAUUCCGGCUGUUAGUGAGAAGCUGAAGUCUAAGGCGAAGUGUGAUGGGCAGGGGCCGGUGUUUGCGGAGGGGGAUAUUGUCGCUGCGAUCGAGGAUAGCGUGGUUGGGGAUGGGGAUGAGCUGUUAUGAUGCGUUUAUGCCGGGGAUGGAAUGGAUGCCUAUUAUGAGGUUGAAUUGGGGAAUUUGGAGUUCUGUGUCACUGCUGGCUUUGUGCCUGGUUUAUGGGUUUGGUGGGAAGCUGGAUUCUGAAUGCUAUUUAGUCGAUGCAUUUGGCUGUAUACACUGUCUUUUUUCAACACACAAAAGCUACGAUGCUAGCUGUUCGAUGGAUAUCUACUGAUAUUACGUAGGUGUCUAGGGAGUAUAAAUACGACAUGAACGUAUAUUUCUUCAUAUAUAUUAUAGAUGAGUGCCGUGUUUGGAAAUAUCAAUAUAAAGACCUGGGCCUUUGAUGCCAAGGAUGAG